CUUCACUCCUGGUGAAUGGUCAUCUGCAGUUGCAUCUCCAGACAGCACCUAAAGCAGCAUGUACAGGAAACUGGCCUCCAUUUUGGUUCUGCUGCUGGGCCUCUCGCAGGUCCUGGCUCAAGAGGUAAGACCUGGAGGAACUGCCCAACAUCUACAAAAAGUCGAAGAGGAAGUCGACAUCUCUACAAGAAUCCUGGAAGCAAACCAAGAAAUCUCAGGGUUCCUGAUGGAGGGAGACGUGGCCAUUCCAAGAGACAGGAACGCCAGGAAGUGCAGUAAUUGCAAGUGGCAGAAGUCACCAUCCGGACUUGUUGAAGUGCCGUACAAUGUUUCUGAUGCUUUUUCUGCCCAGAAGAAGGCUGUUAUUGAGAAUGCCUUGCAGACCUUCCAUGAGAAGACCUGCAUUCGUUUUGUGCCUUACGUCAAACAAAAAGACUUCAUCAGAAUUGUGUCUCGUGGCGGGUGCUACUCGUAUGUUGGAAGGAAUGGCGGCGGACAAACCGUCUCGCUGAACGUGAACGGCUGUGUUUACAAAGGUGUUGUGCAGCAUGAGCUCCUUCACGCCCUCGGCUUUUUCCAUGAGCAGACUAGAAGUGAUCGGGACAAGUACGUCAAGAUCAACUUUGAAAACAUCCGAGCAGGCGUUUCCCGCAACUUUAACAAGUAUGACACUAAUAACUUGAACACAGGGUAUGACUAUGGAUCCGUCAUGCACUACGGCAGAAAAGCCUUUUCAAAAAAUGGUAAUGACACCAUCACCCCGAUUCCUAACCCCGAUGUCAGGAUCGGACAGCGCAGAGAUUUGUCAGAGAUCGACAUUGUGAAGAUCAACAGGCUGUAUGAGUGUGAGGACUCCAGCAAUGUAACCAGCAGUAAUGAAACUCUGAAGGAGCUGAUCAGACGCUUGGAGGUCUCAGAGACCCAAGUGAGAAGCCUGGUCGGCCAAGUGAAGAGCCUGGUCAGCCAAGUGAAGAGUCUAGUUGGCCAAGAUAAAGCUCAGGAAUUAUAUCUGACUGCAAUGGAGGCCAGACUGAGAGCCAGUGAGGACACAGUGGACGCCCAGAGGACCCAGCUGCGGGAACUCCAGACACUCAAUGAAGGGAAUAAAGUGGCCUUUUCACUUUCACUUGAAACAACCACACACAGGAACUCUGGACCCUAUUGCAAUGGAAAAACACUUAUCUACAAGCACAUCUUCAACAACAUUGGCAAUGCAUACGACCUUAAUACAGGCUUCUUCACCGCCCCUGUGAGAGGAGUGUACGAGUUCAGCCUCUCUGCUCUGAGCCGUGGCAGCGAUGUUAUCCUGGGGUUGUCCCUGCGUAAGAACAGAGAGUGGGUGGUCUCCCUGUACUCCACGUUCAAGAGCGAACACAACAACGUGUCUAACGGAGCGAGUCUGACCCUAGAGAAGGGAGACGUGGUGGAUGUCUACUUGCCAGCCAACAGCAGGGUGCUGGAUAACCAAAAUCACCACACUACUUUCCGGGGACAUCUGCUCUUCCAGAUGUAAGCACUGCCAACCAAAAUGCUGCAUCUGCAGUGCAUCAUAGAGUUGUUAGGAAAUAGUACUUAUGCAUUGUAUAUGACAGAUUACGUGAUAGGCAAUAUUGGACACAAAACACAUGUUUUGUUUGUGUAAAGACCUUAAAUGCUGCAUUGUUGAGUUAAAUGUCUGAGACGAUAGCAAUAUUUCUUUUUUGAGAUCAAUUGUUUUUAUUUUGUAAUAAUGCAUAAAUCAGUUACAUCAUAUACAAAGGCAUAGAAACCCCCCCCCCCCUUCCCACCCACCCCUCCCAUACCCACCCAAGAACAAGCCCUGUGGUAAACAUCUGAUUGAAUUAGGAUUAUGUAAACAAUAUUUUGCUGCUUUGUUGCACACUGAACGAACAUGACAUUUAGAAUUGUAAUAUAUGUUUUGUGCACAUUAAGGGCCCGUGUCCACCAAUAGCAUUCUUUGAUGAUGACGGCCAUUUUCUCUACAAAUCCUCUGAAGUUCAGCGCUCGCAGCACUUAGCGCCUGCCGUGGUGCUGAUAGCUUUUUUCUGCAGUGCGCAGAGCGCUGAAAGUUGAAAUGUGUUCAACUAUAUUAGAACAGCGCUGGCCUCGUCAAUGUCACUUCUCUCUUAAUGACCAAUCAAAACUUUGUAACCUAGCAACAACUAGA